AUGGAAAAUAGAUGGGAGAAAUCUAGAGAGCCACCAUCUCUAGAACUAGCACCCCAGCACCAAUACUUCAAGUCACCUCGGAAAGUCACUCCACCAGAGCACACAGCCCUUCCUUCACCUCCCGCGACGAUCGAGGCUGAACGCAUUCGAAACAGUCCGAAUCUACCGCGACGGCUUCUCGAAGUUAAGUGCAAAGCUGAGACUUGCGACCUUGAGCCUUUGACAUACAUUCCUAUAAACCCGGCGGAGUAUGCCAGCGCCUCCGACCAGAUUGAGUCUGCAUUCAAACGGUUUGACUACGAACCAAAAUCAGGCCGCAUUAUUUUGCGUAUGCCUUCUCCAAUCCACGAUAAAUUCGCUGCCUCGCUGGUCAGCUUUAUAGAGCAGGAAAUAUUGAGAAUUGGUCGCGAGAAUAGUAAAGUUCGUGGCUUUACUUCACAGCUUCAUACAGAAGGUUCUUCUCGAAUUUUCCUUCCCUAUGAGGAGAAACGAGAGAAUGGAGACACGAUACCGAAAGAGCUGCGUCGCCAGCCAGAUGGCCAAUUUAGGCUUGAGGGGGCUAAGUAUCCUGGCCUCGUUUUCGAAGUGUCAUACUCGCAGGACAAAAAGCAACUGUCCAAGCUUGCGAGGCAGUAUAUCCAUUACACAGAUGGUAAUAUCAAAGCCGUCAUCUGCAUUGACAUCAAUUAUGGGAAUACUCAAUCCACUAUCUCACUCUGGAAGCCUCGAUUUGAUCGAGACCCAGAGAGUGAUGAUCCUGACGCCUUCGUAUUGCCUUUCCGGACAGCUGGUGGAGAGCCGUUGAAUACGGGCAGUGUAUUGACGCUAUAUCUCCACGACUUCGCGCCAGAUCAAUCCUGUCAAGGCAUACCAAAUAUCCCUAUAUCCAUAUCUUUUGCCACUAUCUGCGAGUUUUUGGAACGCGCUGAGAAGGCGCAGAAGGAUAGAGAGUCUAGAAGUACUGGUGGUAUCAGGUCAACUCGCAAAUUGAGGAAGCGCGAACUGUCAUCUAGUUCACUUGAGGAUUUGGCCCUGGAUGAUGAGGCAAGGUUUAAAGAGCAGGAGGAAGCGGCUGAUACCAGGGCUAGUCAUCGCGAUGAUACCUUUGUGCCGCGACUGGGGGAUGCCAAUGUCAUUCAUCGCGAUCGUGACUUGAGAUGGCGAGCGGCGAAGCGGCGUGCCUAG